AUGACAGAAAAAACAGUUUUAAAACGUUCCAGCAAUGCUGUACAGAAAGAAGUUUCAUCAUAUAAUGAAUUAUAUCAAGAUUCAACAUCUAUUGAUAAACGAAAAAAUCAAUAUAAAACUUUAAUAACUAACUAUUAUAGUUUAUCAACAGAUUUUUACGAAUAUGGUUGGGGUCAAAGUUUUCAUUUUGCUAAUCGAUUUCGUGGUGAAACAUUAGCUGAAUCAAUUCAACGACAUGAAUCUUAUUUAACAUUAAAAAUGAAUCUUAAACCAGGCGAUAAAGUACUUGAUAUUGGUUGUGGAGUUGGAGGACCAUUGAGGCGUAUUGCAUACUUAACUGGAGCACAUAUUACUGGUUUAACAAUCAGUGAAUAUCAAGUUCAACGAGCUAAAACUAUCGGUAUACCAGCUAAUUGUCAAUUUAUUCAAGGUGGCUCAUUUGCUGGUUAUGAUUGGUGUUUAACUGAUAUAUAUGAUAAAGAAAAUCCUAUACAUAAUGAAACAAAACGUUUAAUUGAAGAAGGUGAUGCAUUGCCUGAAUUAAAAACAACUCAUCAAUUAAUAUCAGAUCUUAAAUCGGUUGGUUUUACUAUUGAAGAAAAUCAAAUAAUACCCGAAGGUGAUAUUCCAUGGUAUCAACCAUUAAAAGGUGGUGAUUCAUUUUUUUCAUUAAAUAAUCUUCGUGCGUCAUCAAUUGGUCGAUGGUUAACACGUAAUAUGGUUUGGUUUAUGGAAAAAACUUGGAUAGCUGCUCAAGGAAGUAUUGAAACACUUGAAAUACUUGAAAAAGCUGCUGUAGGUUUAGUACGUGGUGGUGAAAGUGGUAUUUUUACACCAUAUUUCUUUUUUCUUGCUCGAAAAUCUUAA